AUGAGGUGAGAGGUACACAGCGCCACACGCACGUCUGAAUCAUAUAGAUAGAUGACCAAACGGUGUGUUCAUUCUGUCGUUUGCUGUGCUUAUUUCUGUUGCUUGGCUGGCAGCCCGGGUCGGUACGCGAUGAGCUUUGCGUCCGUGAUCUUACUGCUAGCCAAGCUGCUGGCGGGAGCCUCAUCGGGGUCCAACGCGCGCCUGCGUGCCUUUCUGCCAGCGUCGUGCAGCGUUUCUGCCCACGUACCGCACCCUGCCAUCUGUACGGCGCAGCACUGCACGAUCACGCCACUGGCGAUCACGUCUCAGCAACGAGUGGGUGGAGGACUUGGUGCCUACUCUACUCAUCCGUCUACGGAGCACACGCGCACAGCUGGAGGAGUCCGCCGAUGACCGUGACGAGAACCUCCAUCUCCUCCUCCAAGAGCACAGGAGUACACGCACUGGUCCAAGAGCAUUGCAUGUAUGUAUGCGCGUGUGCAUGCGUGAGUUUUGUAGGUCCAGAGACUCCCACUUUUGAGUUUCCUGUCGCUGUGCGGCUUCCCCCAUCAUAUCGAGUAACAGACACAGACAAAUAGAGCAGUGAAUCGGUUUCUUCCUUGCCGCAGGACCUUGAUGCGGACAGCAUGAUCACCAUAAUACAGCUGCAGGACACGGAGGACGAAUACAAGCAAGAUGUUCCGGAGCAAGAAAGGAAGAAGGAGUCGCUGAAGCGCAAGGAGGAGAGCGACGGUUUGUCCGAGGUGGAGAAGUAUGAGCUGUCCCGUAUUGAGGCUGAGCUAGCUAGUACAUCGGAGCUAGUGGCUAACAUCGGAAAACUAAGUAACGCCGCGUGCGCACCAUAUGUCAGAUUCUGCCCUUCUCCCCUUACUUUUGUCACAGAGGGACGUCAUCGUGAAAGCCGAGGAAAGACGAGCACGAAUGCGCGAACGUGGGCCUCUGAUGAGAAAGACCAGGAACGCAAUUCCUCUUUCUGCUUGUUUCUUUCUAGUGGAAGCAGAGAGGGUGAAUCUGGAGUCACGAAUCAGGAGAUUGAAAACUGGUAACAUCAUCGAUCGAUUAUUCAGUGAGACAGAGACAUCGAUACAAGUAUAUACGUACACGCAUUUGUCCUCUCAGAGCAGAGGCGAUUCGAUGUCGCAGUUCUGGUGGGUAUCGGCGGAAUCAUCGCCCUCGUCGCGGAAAAGCUACUACAGGCCCUGCUCGGAAGCACCUGAUUCUAAAUCACUUCUGUAAGCCAAGCAGACACAGCCACACAUACAUUGAGGGACUGCAGUACCAACAGUAACUGUGUCCUAGGUUUGUGGAUGUUUAGUCUGAGGGAUCGAUAUCAUUUAGGCUUCAAGACGUGCACGUAG